AGGUCUCUCAGAAUCCGCAGAUCCGGGUUGUGCGGUAGUUGGAUGCAGGCGUGGACCUCCAAGAGCAGCGACGAGUACAGGCUAGAGGAGCCCAAGGGGGCGGGGCGAGGGAGGCGGAAGUGGACCGGUCCCAGCGGCCAUUUUGCCGUGAGACAGCAGGAGUUAGGCGCGAUGCUUUCCACUGCCGCUUACCGGGACCCGGAUCGAGAGCUGGUAAUGGGGCCUCAGGGCUCCGCCGGCCCUGUGCAGAUGCGUUUCUCGCCUUAUGCCUUCAACGGAGGUACUGUAUUGGCAAUUGCUGGAGAAGAUUUUUCCAUCGUUGCUUCAGACACUCGGUUGAGUGAAGGGUUUUCAAUUCAUACCCGAGAUAGCCCCAAAUGUUACAAACUAACAGACAAAACAGUAAUUGGCUGCAGUGGCUUUCAUGGAGAUUGUCUCACCUUGACAAAGAUUAUUGAAGCAAGAUUAAAGAUGUACAAGCAUUCCAAUAACAAGGCCAUGACAACAGGGGCGAUUGCCGCAAUGCUGUCUACCAUCCUGUACUCACGGCGUUUCUUCCCUUACUAUGUCUACAACAUCAUUGGAGGACUUGAUGAAGAAGGAAAGGGAGCCGUGUACAGCUUUGACCCAGUAGGCUCUUACCAGAGAGACUCUUUCAAAGCCGGAGGCUCAGCAAGUGCCAUGCUGCAGCCGCUGCUCGACAACCAGGUUGGCUUCAAAAAUAUGCAGAAUGUGGAGCAUGUCCCCCUGACUCUGGACAGAGCCAUGAGGCUGGUGAAAGACGUCUUCAUUUCUGCAGCCGAGAGGGAUGUGUACACUGGAGACGCCCUCAGGAUCUGCAUCGUGACCAAAGAGGGCAUCAGGGAGGAGACUGUUCCCCUGCGGAAAGACUGAUGUGGGGCCAGGGUUUGGAGCUGUGGCACGUUUGUUUUAUUAAAAAGAAAUGUAAAGGA